AGGAUGAUCCCGCCCCUCCGGCUGGGAGGGGUGAGAACGGGACGGCCACAGCUGGAGAGGAGGCACAGUGCUGAGAGGACGCCGAAAAGUCCGGAUCACAACAAAUGGUGAACGUUAAGAGGAAAAUACUUUUGUACUUUUAGACAGGACAAAAUUUUGGCUUCUGACAUCACGUCGAAGAUAAACUUGUGGCCCUUCCAUAUAUAUAUAUUUUUUACCAGCUCAUCGUUACGCAGGAGAGUAAAAUAGACUACCUUCCAGAUUCUGCAAAUCUCCACCACACCACCGGGAUGUUUAGAUGAGACCAGUGACUCCAAAAGGUACGAUAAGUCCUUUAAGAGGCUCUAAGAUGCCAGCUGUGACCCUGCCAGGUUGAGCAGCCUUGCCUCCCUCUGCUGUGUCCAGUGCUGUGGCGCCCUCUGCUGCAUGACUGAGGAAGACCGGGAAUGGCAGGCAGUAUGGUGAACGUACUGGAGGAAGGCAUGAAUACUAUCAUCGUCAACCACUACAACCACUCUGGCAAGUGGGACCGGCCUCGCAGCGGUGGGGCCUGUAAGAUGGCCGUGCUGCUCUUCAUCUGCGUGCUGAUUGUCCUGGAGAACCUUACAGUCCUGCUCGCCCUCUGGAGGAACAAGCGCUUCCACAGCCGCAUGUACUUCCUCAUCGGGAACCUGGCGCUUUCAGACCUGCUGGCUGGCGUGGCCUACGUGGUAAACAUCUUCACCUCAGGACGCAAUACCUUCUUCCUGACACCAGUGCAGUGGCUGGCCAGGGAAGGGAGCAUGUUUGUGGCCCUCAGCGCAUCCACGUUUAGCCUUCUGGCCAUUGGGAUUGAGAGGCACAUGACUAUGGUGCGUUUGCGUCCCUGUGAGACAGCAGGUCGGGGGAGACUUCUUGGACUGCUGGCGGCGUGCUGGCUUGUGUCAGUGCUGCUUAGCGCCCUGCCCAGUCUGGGCUGGAACUGCCUUGACAAUAUGACCUCCUGCUCCACAGUGCUGCCGCUUUACGCUAAGAGUUAUGUGGCCUUCUGCAUCAGUGUGUUCAGCGCCUUGUUGGUGGCCAUCAUCAUCCUCUACAUGAGGAUCUACCGCCUGGUGACCGCGAGCGGCCGCAGGGUGAGCAGCCGGCCUUCGGAGCGCUCACUGGCCCUGCUGCGGACAGUAGUUAUCGUUCUCGGAGUGUUUGUCAUGUGCUGGGCGCCACUCUUCCUCCUGCUGCUGCUGGAUGUUGGUUGUAGCCCAAAUAAGUGCCCUGUGCUCUACCAGGUGGACUGGUUCAUUGCUUUGGCUGUGCUCAACUCUGCCCUCAACCCUCUGAUAUACACUCUGUCCAGCAGGGAGAUGAGGGCAGCCUUCUUCCGGCUGCUGUGCUGCUGUCAGACCAGCAUGGAGUCUACUGGGACUCCUGUGGUGGGCAAUCCCCACCUGGGCACAGUCAUCCCCACGGCAGAGAAUAGCAAGACCAGUUUGGGUGGAGGAGUAGGCAGUGGGGCUGGCAAGUCCACAUUGAACAGGGGGAAGGUUGCUACACCUGUGAACUCUGACAACAAGCAUGGAGAUCCCUCAGCCACCGCUGUGCCUCAUCCCUCUGGGCCUGCAGACCUGCUCUCAGCUGUUCUUGUGAAGGCAGGGGCGCUGCCGCCCCUCAGCAAGUUCUGAGUGGAAGCACCUUAAUGAGGCCUUACAGUAACACAGAAGUAGACACAGAACUGACAUAGUCCUGCUAUCAGCCACUUUUUCUUUAUGCACUAAGGCCAGUGUAGCCUGAAUAAGAUGAAGUAAUGAUAUUCAUUUGGAAUCACAUAAAUGCACAUUGCAGGUUAGAGUACAAUCAAAAUUCUCUAAAGCCACUAUUUACAACAGCUCAACAAUAAUAUUCACAGCACCAGAGAAAUGGUUAAUGUUGACACUUCAAAACUAUGAAAUAUGACAAGAAAGAUUCCCGGACGUGGAUGAAACCAAGCCCCAAACUAAAUCUUGUGGCUUAAUUCAUGUCUGAAACUAGUUUUGGUAAUGCUUAAAGCAGCAAGAGAAUAUAAUUAAUUUUAUCAGCGCUGUGUCUUUCACUCAGUGUGUUUAUUUUUUACUUUUUAUUUGUCAUUAUAAACAGACCAGAUCAAACUGUGGCACUAUUUUGCAUGUGCUAUAUGAAAGUACUCAGCUGCAUUUUCCAUUACAACUUGAUAAACUAGGCUAUUUAUUUUCUGUGAAAACGUUUGCAAUGUUAAUACUGUUGGUAUUUUCAGUAAAGUUUGUUUGCAUAAAGAAACCAUCAUGGUACUAGGACUUUGAUUGUGUUAUGAUUUGAGAUGCACUAUGAGAGAAAGCAAGACCAUAAUAAGUGGUAAUAUUUUUUUUUUUUUUUUUUUGUCUGACUAGCAGCCUCAUGAGGCUGUGAUGCUGGUUACACACCAGAAAACAAAAUUGUUUUUUGGAUGAAAAUGGAGAUUGCUAAAGUUUUAGCACCAGUAGAAGGAAGAUCUUUCUGAUGGUGGCACUACUGGAAGAGUGCCGUUUUCACUUAAAGCAGUAGGGUUCACCUUCAGCAGCUACAGUGGCCAUUACCAGAAAUGACUCUUAUCUCAUUGCUCUAAGCUCUACUUUGUCAGCACCAACUGCACUGUGAGCUGAAUUAGCGUGGCUAACAAUUACACUCAUGGACAUUUUUGCUUUUUCUCAUCAGCACAUCUAGAAACCACUCACACGUCGACUAACCACUAGUGAACAGGAGUGUUGGAUGUGAAUUAUUUGGCGGUAGACUGUAAAUGACAUUUCUGCCUCGAGUGGUGUAGUGAUAGUAUUAUAUUGCAAAUAAAAUAAAAAUCCUAUUCCCUUUUAUGAGAUUUUCAUGUGUUGUGUUUGUCUAUUAAAUCAAUGAAUUGAUCAUCUGCAUAAACCAUCAGGGUGUGUAUUCAGGAUACAGGAUCUUUUGCACCAUAUGAAUGCUAGACUGUUGCCGUCAAGGUUCACAUGAAAGCUUCAGCCAUACAUAUAUUAAUGUCUGAAUGCUCUGAUUUGUCAGUUUAUCAUUUGCUAUUCAGA